AUGUUAGUGGAGGAGGGCUCUUGUCGAACUUCCACGAUCGGUUUCCCACCUCCUAAAACCCCUGCCGGCUACAUCUUGAAGACUGACCCCCGUUUGCGAUGCCCCAAGAAACACAAUUCAAAAGUUGUAGUUGACGAGCGUUUCAAAGGAAUUUUUGACGAAGGCAAGGCAGGAAAAAAGACAUUGAAACAAAAAGGCAGAGGAAAGGAAAAACUAGGCCGAGUGGAUAAAUUUUGUCGUAAAUUUUAUGAAACUCGUGAAAAAGACAACCUUAGGUGGUUUUAUCGGCUGGAAUACGAGGAUGAUGAGGAGGUAGAGGCUCCAACUUCCACGUUACCUGACUAUGCUCGUGGUGGCGUCCUCAUGGAGUCCUCCUCCGAAUCAGAGGCAGAAAAUCACGGUGCAAGCGACUCUGACGACAAGAGCGAUGGCCCUGGAUUUGUCACAUUAGGCAGAGACAUUGAUGAAGAAGGCGAGAUCGAUCUUGAUGAGAGCACAUUUGCCGAUCUAGAUGCACAAGCCGCUACAUAUGCGAGGACAGUCCCGGAGGACAACAGUAAAGAAGCUACGGAGAAGACCAGAAGACUAGCUGUUGUUCAUCUUGAUUGGGACCAUGUCCGUGCAGCAUAUCUUUACAAAAUAUUUUCGUCACUUGUUUCGCCAGCUGCGCCUACUACCAUUCCAGCUUCUGUACUAGUGCCACCCAAGGAUGAAAAGUCUUUCAAGAACACGAAAAGUGCAAAGGCGACGGUCGUAAGAGGGAAGGGGCUGAGCGUCCGCGUCUAUCCAAGUGAGUUUGGGAAAGAGCGCAUCGCAAGGGAGGAAAAGGAGGGACCGCCUGUAGAGGUAUUCAAAAGGAAAGUAGAAAACGAAGAGGAUGUCAAUGAACGGGCCAUCCACGAAACCGGAGACGGAGCGGACUACGACGAAGACGCUUUGAGAAAGUAUCGAUUGGAGAGAUUACGGUAUUACUACGCAAUUGUUGAAUGUGAUACCGCCGGAGCUUCUGUGCACAUCUACAACGAACUCGAAGGUACUGGGCUUGAGCGUUCAGCAAACGUGUUCGAUCUCAGCUUUGUGCCCGAUGAGAUGGCAUCUGAUGAAGAAUAUCGCAGUAGAGCUCUCCGUCAUUCAAAAGUCAAACUCGCUUGGGACGAUGAUGAUCCGGAGUGCAAUCACAUUACUAGACGAUCAUUAACCAAAAAAUAUAUCGAAGAAGCCGACUUCAAGGCGUAUAUUGCAUCAUCACCUGAGUCUGAUAAUGAUCAAGAUCCUGUGUCGAAGAAGAGGAGCAAGAAGAACUCCCAGAGAGACAAGCUUCGCACAUUACUUCUUACCGGAGACGAUGAUGAACUUCCAGAAGGGUGGGGCCGGGAUGACGACGCACGAAACCAUGACGAUGUGGACAUGGAGAUUACGUUCACCCCUAGUCUCACUGAGGCUAAAAAUCCCGAAGACGAGACGACAGUGGAGGCAUAUCAAAGAACGAUGAGGAAGAAGCGCAAAAAGAAAAAAGAAGAGGUCAAAGUGAAAGCCACGACAGUCACGAAUAAUGAAAGUCGAGGGCAGCUUGGGAAGAAUGUCUCUUUCGAUGACGACUUCUUCGGGGGCCGGUUAUCAAGAACACGGGAUGUCGACAAGCCAGUGCCACGCCAGGAGACGAAGUCAGACGUCAAAGCAGAGAAGAAGGGUAAGGAGAAAAGAGGCAAAAAGAAACUGGUCGAUGAUGAUGAUGAAGUCCAGGACAACUUCAUUAUCGACGUUAAAGAUGACCGGUUCAAGACGAUCCACGAGGACCAUCACACUUUGGCUUCGCACCUGUAA